UGGGUAAAAUCUCGGCUGGCGGAGAGUCCGGGAGCUGUUCUCGCGAGAGUACUGCGGGAGGCUCCUGUUUGCUGGCUCUGGAACAGCGACCACUGGAACCUUGGCGGACGCUGCAGCUGCAGCCGUUGCCUCGCGGCGCACCCAGAAGUCGGCGUGGUCAGGGAGAGGGUGCAGAGAGAGGGUGUCGGGAGCAGCCUUGAGCCUCGGAGCGCGUCCCUGCCCAUCGCAGAGCUCGUCCCGGCCUCUAAGGCGCUUCCAGGCGCUGCGGUUGACAGGGGUCGCGCACGCGGGAGUCGGCGGGGUCUCGGCUGCCGCACUUGCGCGGGCGGCCAGAGCGGGGUCCCCGCCCUGCAGGGCGGGCGACUGGGCUCCUGGGAGUGGGUGCGGGAGCAGGCGGGGCCCCUCAGGGCCAUCUCCUCGUCCUGCGGCUGCCGCUGGAAGAUGUCUCAGGAGAGGCCCACGUUCUACCGGCAGGAGCUUAACAAGACAAUCUGGGAGGUGCCCGAGCGUUACCAGAAUCUGUCCCCGGUGGGCUCCGGCGCCUAUGGCUCCGUGUGUGCUGCUUUUGACACAAAAACUGGGUUGCGUGUAGCAGUGAAGAAGCUAUCCAGACCAUUUCAGUCCAUUAUUCAUGCCAAAAGGACCUACAGAGAACUGCGGUUACUUAAACAUAUGAAACAUGAAAAUGUGAUUGGUCUGUUGGAUGUUUUCACACCUGCAAGGUCUCUGGAGGAGUUCAAUGAUGUGUAUUUGGUGACCCAUCUCAUGGGGGCAGAUCUGAACAACAUUGUGAAGUGUCAGAAGCUUACAGAUGACCAUGUUCAGUUUCUUAUCUACCAAAUUCUCCGAGGCCUCAAGUAUAUACAUUCAGCUGACAUAAUUCACAGGGACCUAAAACCUAGUAAUCUAGCUGUGAAUGAAGACUGUGAGCUGAAGAUCUUGGAUUUUGGACUGGCUCGACACACAGAUGAUGAAAUGACAGGCUACGUGGCCACUAGGUGGUACAGGGCUCCUGAGAUCAUGCUGAAUUGGAUGCAUUACAACCAGACAGUUGAUAUUUGGUCAGUGGGAUGUAUAAUGGCCGAGCUGUUGACUGGAAGAACAUUGUUUCCUGGUACAGACCAUAUUAACCAGCUUCAGCAGAUUAUGCGUCUGACGGGGACCCCCCCUGCUUAUCUCAUUAACAGGAUGCCAAGCCAUGAGGCAAGAAACUACAUUCAGUCUUUGACCCAGAUGCCGAAGAUGAACUUUGCAAAUGUAUUUAUUGGUGCCAAUCCCUUGGCUGUCGACUUGCUGGAGAAGAUGCUUGUGUUAGACUCAGACAAGAGAAUCACAGCCACCCAAGCCCUUGCGCAUGCCUACUUUGCUCAGUACCACGAUCCUGAUGAUGAACCAGUGGCUGAUCCUUACGAUCAGUCCUUUGAAAGCAGGGACCUCCUUAUAGAUGAAUGGAAAAGCCUGACCUAUGGUGAAGUCAUCAGCUUUGUGCCCCCGCCCCUUGACCAAGAAGAGAUGGAAUCUUGAGCACCUGGUUUCUGUUCUGCUGAUCCCACUUCACUGUGAGGGGAAGGCCUUUUCAUGGGAACUCUCCAAAUAUCAUUCAAGUGCCUCUUGUUGCAAAGAUUUCCUCCAUGGUGGAAGGGGCGUGUGUGUGUGUCUGUGUCCAUGUGUGCAUGAGCACACAUGCACGCGCACGUGUGUGCGUGUGCAUGUGCACUUAUGUGUGUCUGUCUUUGUGGGAGGGUAAGAGAAGGUGAGCAAACAAUGAUCACAGUGACUUUAUGUAGAGGUAAGAUGCUCCGUGGCAGCCUCUGCUUGCUCUUUGUGAGGGUCAGCUCGGGCAGGCAAGAGCUGCCAUCUCAUAGGGUUUGUUAAAAGCAAAGUGAAGAAUAUUAAAUGUCCCAGCUCUCGGUCAUGCUUUUGUCAUCCUGUGGCCCCACAUUGAUGGUGGGGGUGUAGACUUGACCCCAUCCCACAGUGGAACAAAGAGAAGACGUGUACCGUCUGGCUGCUUCAGAUCUGAAGCCAUCCCUCAGCCAUGAGAAAAGCCAAAAAGGACCAACUGGCUUCUGUGCACUAGGCUAUGAUUAACUUGCUCAGUAUGAUUCUCAGAACUCAGCAGUGUAUCCGAAACUAUAAAUAUGUUUGUGCCUUAAAAGGAGAGAUGGAGUGUAGAUUGUAGGAAAGUGCAGCCAGUGAGGUUCUGGGCCAGGCAGGUAGUCAGGCUGUCAGACGGCCGUUUAUGAACCUGAAGUAACCAGGGAGCCCUCUAAGGCACCAUGUGUGCAUGUGUGAGCAUGCAUAUAUGUGCUUCUCUCUUUCUGCCUCACCCCCCAGGCAUUGCCAUUCCUUUGCUUAUGCCCACCUUCCGUGCAGAGGUUCCCUGAGUAUCGGCUCCAGUAGUGAGAAGCCAGUUCUUGCUGUCAGUAUACCUCCUGUGUGUUCUUUUUCCCUAGCAGAGUGGCAAUAUGUUUUGCACGUCUUGCUAUUUGAGCAUGCACAGCUGCUUGUCCUGUUCUCCUCGGGAGGCCCUGGUGCCAGUGGAGACCUCUUGGGUCGUUCAGAACCCACGUCCCUGCAACUGACGCUGUGGGCAGGUGAUGACAUCCUCUCUUCAGCUCCCAGUGCUGUUUUGUGUUGAACACAAUUGAUAUUCCAGGUGCUUUUGAUGUGAAAACUAUGAAGAAAUGGAACAGAUGGGUGUAUAACAUUAUCAGUCUUGCCAUCUGAUUUUCAACAAACUGUUUUUGAGGAGCUAUCAUGGGAAAGAUCAGGGCUUUUCCCAGGAAUAUCUCAGACUUUGGAAAACAAGUUAUUCUCUUCACUCCCAGUAAUCAGUGCUAAGAAAUGCUGAAAAUCAAAGUGAAAAACAAAAGCUCAUGAGGACAGAAACUCCUUUGGCUAUCUUUGCUAAAUAUGGUAUUUAAAAAAAAAAUAGUAACGAGAUGUCUCUUCCACCCUUCUUUGGAAAAGGGUCUUCUUGGCAGCUUAACAUUGACUUCUUGGUAAGAAUGUGAUUCCUUUUGAUGGGGAGAAAGGGCAAAUUAUUUUAAUAUUUUGUAUUUUCAACUUUAUAAAAGGUGAAAUAUCCUCAGGGGUGGAGAAGAGUUGUUUUCGUAAUUUUUGAAUUUCAGGCAUCUUCUGCUACAUAUGGGCCCAUAUAGUCAAAGCUUUUGUGAAAUAAGAAAGUAUAAAGCCACUUCCAGGGUUGGCUGUGUGAUGAAAUCUUGUAUUGGGACUAAGGUAUUUGCAUUUCUCUGUCGCAGCGCAGUGAUUCAUGCACUCCAGAGGGACAGGGUAGGACCCUUGAGUCAGCUGGAGCAAGAAGGAAGGAGGCAGGCUGGUGGUGAUCACACCUCUCCCCCUCUCUAAAGGAAAGUGAGUGCGAAGGCCUCAUCUCCUUUAUAUGCAGUUCAAAUCCUCACAAUCCGCAGCAAGAUGAAUUGUAUCAGCCAUGUUUGGUUGUAAAUGCUAUUGUGAUUUUCUACAGAAAUACCGCUCUGAAUAUUUUCUCUUAAAGGUCUUUGCACAUGUGACCAUAUGUGUGUUAGGAGCUUGGACUCAGCUGGAGUCUGCGCAAGAGCUCCUUGACUUCUGAGCAUAAUGCUCCAUCUCCUGAUUUCUCUGAACAGAAAACAAAAGAGAGAAUGAGGGAAAUUGCUGUUUUAUUUGUAUUCAUAAAACUUGGCUGUAAUCAAUUAUGCCAUAUAGGAUGUCAUACAAUACCACUGGUUAAAAUAAAGGCUAUUUUUCAAAUGUA